CCUCUCUUCACGUUCUUUCGGCCAAAGCAAGAAUUGUAACCACACACAAAGCCAAAAGGCUGGCAGAUAAAUUCCUCCACCAGUGGGGACCUGGAGUCAUCUGGCAAAGCUCACAGACACAGCAGUGAAGGAUGGGGAGCAGUAAUGUAUUCACCCCGAGUUGCACCCAACUCCACUCACGUCUGGAAGGCUGAACGAGUCACAGGGAGGCCCCAGCUCUCUGAGCACAGUCACGGAAGCUCAGAGCCAGGGAGGCCUGGUGGGGAGGACGGCUUGGAGCUUCAAGCUGACCUCGGAGGCCAGGAAGGAGGCAGAGGUGACAGCCACCACGUGGAGGGAUGCAGAGAGAGCAGCAGACAGUGUCCACGCAGCCUGGGCCACCGGGGACAUGACAGAGGACAGCAAGAGGCCAGGCUGCAGAGGUGCAUGGGGCUCCUCAUGGCACGUGGCAAGCAAGCGGGAAGCCCAGGUGAAACAUGGGCAGGCUCAUUCUUACAACUCGCUGCUGAGACCUGAGGACCUUCUCCUGGCCGCCCCUAGAAGUCCACACUGCCAACACCCCCCUGCCCCCACCCCACCAAGCCGGGAGCCUCGGAUUCCAGGCCCUUUCCGCUCUGCUCACCUCCCUAUCUGCCGCACAGUUUCCUGUCCUGUCACCCCCACGGUGGCAGAGACGGGUCAGCCUCCAUCCAGACUCCACUGGUCACGGUGUGGCAUCUGGCUGAUGACUUCUCUGGUGCCUGGACAGCUCAUAGCAGCCCCAUGCUUAGACCCUGGCACCAGGACUCAGAGUGCAGCCUCAACAGAGCAGUUGAAGCUUCCCCCAAACCCCAGCUCGGGACCUGUGCAACAGGAGGGGCUGCUGUGGCCCUUUCUGGAGAUGGUGGCAGUAUGAUGUCCAAAUAGCAGCUUUCCAAAACCUUCCAGCCAUGUAUACCUCCUGGCAACACCGGAUGUACCAGCGAGAGGAACAGCAGCAUCCUCACAUGCUGGGGGAGCCCUCGCCAGACCCCUGCCCCUUUGUGUGGGGUGACAGUCACAUGCCUCGGGGACCCCACUGCCCCACUGCAGGCACAGAUUGGAACACGGUGAGUUCUGUCCUACCCUCAGAUGACAAAUAGCACUGUUGACCCCUCUGGACCUGUGGCUGCAAUGGGUGCACCAGAAAGACAGCACCCUCUCCCUCCAGCUGCACCCCAACCAGGCCUGCCAGGAGCCGGCAGUGCAAGACUGCACCACGGAACUCACUGCCUGAGCUUUUAGGGGAAGUGGAGCUUGUGAAUAAUUCAGCCUCUCGCCGAGAUGAAAACGCCCUAAUAGAGCUAAUGGGCUCGCUGCCUCCACAGCCGACCCUUAUGGGACUGGCUUCUUCACCAAUUGCCUCUGACGUGCGGAGCGACACUCCCUAACGACAGAGGCAGCCAGAGCCUUAGACCCUGACAACCAGCCUGUGGCCUUUCUCACGAGCAGCCACCCACGGAGGUAGCUCUCCUUGGAGGUGGCUUCGCUGGACCAGCAGGCCAGCCUGGGGCGUGAGGGGCACUGGCGCUCUCUAACCCAACGCCGCUCGGCGUUUCCCGUCUGGACUGCAGCAGCUCACAGGCCAGGCGACACCAUGUUGUCCAUGACGUACAGCGAGAGCCUGCGGAGUGUGAGCAGCAGGUGCCACUCGGAAUGGGCCCUGCACCCCAUACGCCAGACGGACACACUGGCCCUGCAGCGGCUGCGGGAGGUGCGGGCGGCUGCCCAGGCCAGGAACAUGGAGAGCUUCCUCCGCAUGCACGGCCUCUCCCUGGACAGCUGCACCGCCCAGCUCACAGGCAUGAAGUAUCGGAACCUAGGCAAGUCUGGCCUGCGGGUCUCCUGCCUGGGGCUCGGAACAUGGGUGACCUUCGGAGGCCAGAUCACCGACGAGAUGGCAGAGCAACUCAUGACCUUGGCCUACGACAAUGGCAUCAACCUCUUCGAUACCGCAGAAGUCUACGCAGCUGGCAAGGCUGAAGUAGUCUUAGGAAACAUCAUUAAGAAGAAAGGAUGGAGGCGCUCCAGCCUCGUCAUCACCACCAAGAUCUUCUGGGGUGGAAAAGCAGAGACAGAGAGGGGCCUUUCCAGGAAGCACAUCAUAGAAGGUCUGAAGGCCUCGCUAGAGCGGCUACAGCUGGACUAUGUGGACGUGGUAUUCGCCAACCGCCCAGACCCCAACACGCCCAUGGAAGGGGACCCAUUUAGUUCCUCCAAGUCAAGGACAUUCGUCAUAGAAGAGACGGUGCGGGCCAUGACCCACGUCAUCAACCAGGGCAUGGCAAUGUACUGGGGCACAUCGCGCUGGAGCUCCAUGGAGAUCAUGGAGGCCUACUCAGUGGCCCGGCAGUUUAACCUGAUCCCGCCCAUCUGCGAGCAGGCCGAGUACCACAUGUUCCAGCGUGAGAAGGUGGAGGUGCAGCUGCCUGAGCUGUUCCACAAGAUCGGGGUGGGCGCCAUGACCUGGUCUCCACUGGCUUGUGGCAUCGUGUCUGGGAAGUACGACAGCGGCAUCCCGCCCUACUCCAGGGCCUCCCUGAAGGGCUACCAGUGGCUAAAGGAUAAGAUCCUGAGUGAGGAGGGCCGGCGCCAGCAAGCGAAGCUGAAGGAGCUGCAGGCCAUCGCCGAGCGCCUGGGCUGCUCCCUCCCACAGCUGGCGAUAGCCUGGUGCCUGAGGAACGAGGGUGUCAGCUCCGUGCUCCUGGGUGCUUCCAACGCAGAGCAGCUCAUGGAGAACAUCGGAGCAAUACAGGUCCUUCCAAAACUGUCAUCAUCCAUUGUCCACGAGAUCGAUAGCAUUCUGGGCAAUAAACCCUACAGCAAAAAGGACUACAGAUCCUAAGUUGUCCCAUCGCUGCCUGCCAGGACAGUUUCCGGCCCCUCCUCAUCUGUUUGCUGCUUAUGCUGUUUCCACACCAAGUGCACAGUGGGUUUGUAUCCCAGAGAACCUGCCAUGCCCAGGCACCAUCGGACAUGACCUGCGAGUCGCAGUCGGACACCACUGCUACUUUGCUGGACCCUGUCGGGUCUGUGCCAAGGAUGACAUUGACCCGGUGCCAGCCUGAAGCCUCCCCUCCUCCUCCAGGAAGAAACCCAGUUUGUACCCAGCCUUUCAUGGAGACUCCCAACGCCAAGGUCAGGCCAAGACUUGACUGGGUCCUCAGGGUAGGCAGGCAGGGCAGGCCUCUCUUCUGCCAGGAACUCCAGACCUGGAGAAGGGCUCUGGCACUUCCUGGGGCCCCCUCUGCCAGGGCCCCAGUGGGUGGGGCGGGGCCUCCCUUGGGGUCUCUCUCCAGUCCCCCUCUUCCCAUGGGCCCCAGGCACAUUGUGCUGGGCCUGACCCCAGACCCCUCCCACCAUCCUUCAUCCUGAUCCAGCCCUGUGCCCUCUGCAGGGGUCACAGCUACCCAGCUGGCCCUUGGCCCCACACUUACCCUUGCUGGCAGGGGCAGAGACCCCAGAGGCAUUGGCUCUGUGGUUGGGAACCCACAAAAAUUUUGGGAUCCGAUUUCUGGCUAAUUGUCCUAUUGUAUUCAAUCCUGUACACAAUCAAAGAGCCCCUGCCAAGAGGCGGGGCACUUGGGAAGGACCCCUGGGGAGCAGGCCCCAUGCUGAGCACUGUGGCCUGGACCUGGCAGGGGCAGUAGGCCAGGCCCCAUGCACGUGGCUGUGUUCCUCUAUGUGAGCAGAGUCCCUCCUCUAACACUUCUGCCUGUGGAAGGGUGAUGGGCUUGGGUUCUGAGGAGAACAUGCUCAGCCCAGCCAGGUGCAGGAGCUGGGAGCUGGACCCAGCAGCAAUCCCUACCACGUAGGAAAAGAGCCCAGAGACCCUCUCCCAGGGAACAUGGCCAGGUUGUUCGUUCCUUUCCACACCCCCUCACCGAGGACUAUCAGGAGAGAGGGAAGGACACAGGCAGAGCAUCAGGCUCUUAGCAAGGGGCUGGAGAGAGGGUGACAGCCAGGAGCCCCACAGGUAUGGGGACAAGUGCUGCCCGGAUACGGUCCUAUGUGGGAUGCAGCCUUCACUGUGGGCCUAGGGCUGUGCAGAAGCCGUGCCCUAUCCCACCUGUGCCUCAGCCCUGCAGGUGUUGUUCAGCCCACGCCCUCCCGUGCAGGUGCAGGCACCUGUCCUGCUGCAGCCUUUGGAGGAGCUGCCAUUCAAGCAGGUUUCCCCCUGCCCCUGCCCAGGCUGGGUGGAGGCCUGGGACAGUGGUGGAUAAUAGCCACAGAGACACAGGCAGAGGAGGUGGUAGAGGAAGUGGGAAGCAGGUCAUCUGGCUUCCUCCAUUUCCCGGGGCCUCUGGCCGGUCCUGGAGCCCAGAACCCCCAUGCUGCCUCUGGACCAGGCCCUGGGGCUCUUCCCCACCAAGCCCUGCUGAGAGCUUCACAUCCUGUGGGUGUGUAGAGGGACUGAUGUCCCUCUAGGCAGAGGCCACCCGGCUGGAGCCACUUCCUUCUGUGGGGACUUGAGGUGGCUAUCCGGGAAGAGGUCACCUGCCCCUGGCUGACAGGUAGUACCCAGCCCUGUCCGCUGUGGGGAGGAGGAACAUGGCAUGCCACUCAAAGG